AUGGGCCUUACGAUCGUAAACUCGCGGCGAAAAUCGAAUCGCCCAAACGUGACCCCUCCCGUCGCCCUCGCUUUCCUUUCCCUCGCUUCCGCUCUCUGUCGCCCGCGUCGUCGCCAUCGCUUCCGCAGCUCGUCGCGUUCGCGACCCCAGCCCGUCGCCUUCGCUCCGCCCGUCGCCUUCACUCCCCCCCCUCCCCCCCCUCUUCCGUUGCCUUCAUUUCCCCCUCCCGUCGCCUUCACUUCCCCCUCCCGUCGCCUUCAUUUCCCCCUCCCGUCGCCUUCAUUUCCCCCUCCCGUCGCCUUCAUAUCCCCCUCCCGUCGCCCUCACUUCCUCUCCCGUUGCCUUCAUUUCCCCCUCCCGUCGCCUUCACUUCCCCCUCUCGUCGCCUUCAUUUCCCCCUCCCGUCGCCUUCAUUUCCCCCUCCCGUCGCCCUCAUUUCCCCCUCCCGUCGCCCUCACUUCCCCUUCCCGUCGCCUUCACUUCUCCCCUCCGAUGCCUUCGAUUCCCCCUCCCGUCGCCUUCCACGCCUGCCGCACUCGCUUUCCCGCCCGUCACACUCGCUUCCCCACCCGUCACCUUCACUUCCCCUCCCAUUGCCUUUCACUCUCUCCUGCUCCCUCUCUUUCCCCCUGCUCACUCUCUCCCCCCCCCACUCACUCUCUUCCCCCCUGCUCACUCGCUUCCCCCCGCCUCAUUCUCUUUCCCUCUGCUCACUCCUCUUGUUCUCACCCCGCUUUCCCCAUUUCUCACCCAUUUUCCCCCUUCACGCUCUCUUUCUCUCUCUCCCCCCGUCGCCCUCCCUUCCACUCCUCGUUGCCCUUGCCAUCCCUCCCUUCUCCCUUCCCAUCUCGCACACUUGUCACGCCCCCUUUCCAACCCGCACAUACACCCUUCCCUUCUUCCCUGUUUCCCCGUAUCCCCUGCGGUGCUUCCCACCAUCCUCCGACUUGCUCCCCCCAUCCCCUUCCCUGCUUCCCCCUUCCCCUCCCCUGCCUCCCCCCAUCCCCUUCCCUGCUUCCCCCCAUCCCCUUCCCUGCUCCCCCCCAUCCCCAUCCCUGCUUCCCCCCAUCUCCUUCCCUGCUUCCCCCCAUCUCCUUUCCUCCUUCCGCCUGUGCCCUCCCCUGCCUCCCCCCCGUCCCCUUCCCUCCUUCCCCCCAUCUCCUUCCCUGCUUCCCCCCAUCCCCUUCCCUCCUUCCCCCCAUCCCCUUCCCUGCUCCCCCUCAUCCCCAUCCCUGCUUCCCCCCAUCUCCUUCCCUGCUUCCCCCCAUCCCCUUCCCUCCUUCCGCCUGUGCCCUCCCCUGCCUCCCCCCAUCCCCUUCCCUGCUUCCCCCCAUCUCCUUCCCUGCUUCCCCCCAUCCCCUUCCCUCCUUCCCCCCAUCCCCUUCCCUGCUCCCCCUCAUCCCCAUCCCUGCUUCCCCCCAUCUCCUUCCCUGCUUCCCCCCAUCCCCUUCCCUCCUUCCCCCCAUCCCCUUCCCUGCUCCCCCUCAUCCCCAUCCCUGCUUCCCCCCAUCUCCUUCCCUGCUUCCCCCCAUCCCCUUCCCUCCUUCCGCCUGUGCCCUCCCCUGCCUCCCCCCAUCCCCUUCCCUGCUUCCCCCCUUCCCCUUCACUGCUCCCCCUCAUCCCCUUCCCUGCUUCCCCCCAUCUCCUUCCCUGCUUCCCCCCAUCCCCUUCCCUCCUUCCGCCUGUGCCCUCCCCUGCCUCCCCCCAUCCCCUUCCCUGCUUCCCCCCUUCCCCUUCCCUGCUCCCCCCCGUCCCCUUCCCUCCUUCCCCCCGUCCCCUCCCCUGCCUCCCCCCAUCCCCUUCACUGCUUCUUCCCAACCCCUUCCCUGCUCCCCCCCAUCCCCUUCCCUGCUUCCCCCCAUCUCCUUCCCUGCUUCCCCCAUCGCCUUCCCUGCUCAACCUUGCUCCCUCUGUUUCACUCUUGCUCCCUCUGUUUCACCCUUGCUCCCUCUGUUUCACCCUUGCUCCCUCUGUUUCACCCUUGCUCCCUCUGUUUCACUCUUGCUCCCUCUGUUUCACCCUUGCUCCCUCUGUUUCACCCUUGCUCCCUCUGUUUCACCCUUGCUCCCUCUGUUUCACCCUUGCUCCCUCUGUUUCACCCUUGCUCCCUCUGUUUCACCCUUGCUCCCUCUGUUUCACCCUUGCUCCCUCUGUUUCACCCUUGCUCCCUCCCCUUCUUCUCUUCUCACUCUCUUCCCCCUUGCUCACUCUCUAUACUUCUGCUCACUCUGUUCCCCCCUGCUUCCUCUCUUUCCCUCUGUUCAAUCUGUCCCCCGCUGCUUCUUCUCCUCCCCUCUGCUCAUUCCGUUUACUGUCUUUCCCACUUCACUCACCCCCAUAUCCCCCAAUGCAGGUACAGGUGCCCAGCACCAGAUGUGGCUUUACCACGGCCUGGUUUGUUUGCUUGCAGUGUAG